AUGGCUGUAGACGACGGCUCUCCCACCCGCAUCCGCAUCCUCACCCUGAACUGCUGGGGCCUCAAGUACCUCUCCAAGUUCCGGCGUGAGCGCAUGUCGGAAAUCGGCCGCCAAAUCGCCAUCGCCGACGACCCUCCCCAAAUCGUCGGUCUACAAGAAUGCUGGACUCAGGAAGACUACAAGAGCAUCCGCAAACAAACCAAGCAUAUCCUUCCGUAUGGCAAAUUCUACUACAGCGGAGUGUUUGGUGGUGGACUAGCGAUCUUGUCCAAAUGGCCGAUUGAGGAGAGCAGCAUGUUCGCAUAUCCGCUCAAUGGGCGUCCGACGGCCUUCUUUCGUGGGGAUUGGUAUGUCGGAAAGGGAGUUGCGUGUGCGCGGAUACGUGUGGGACCCAGGGCGGGUGAUAUUGCGGAAGUGUUUUGUACACAUUUACAUGCGCCGUACGAGCAGGAGCCGCAUGAUUCAUAUCUCUGCCAUCGGACCGCGCAGGCAUGGGAAAUCUCCAAGUUGAUGCGCAGAGCCGCCGAGAGGGGCCAUUUAGUCAUUGGAUUGGGAGAUUUCAAUAUGGUACCUAUGUCUUUUGCGCAUCGGUUGAUUACGGCGCAUGCUCCAGUCAAGGAUGUAUGGAGGCAUCUACAUCCAGACUCAUCCAUUGGAGCAGCAAAUUCGGCUGCGGAGAUGAAGCGAGGCAAGCCAAUUCCAUCAGCCGACUUUAACAUCACCGAGAACGGCGCUGCAAGUGAUGGUCCGUUUAAUACAUGGCGCUGGUCCAAGGAGCAGCAAAAACGACUCUUCAAAGGCGAGGAUACUUUUAUAGAUGGCAAUCAGCCAGACCCGGACGGUCGACGAUUGGAUUAUAUCUUUGUUGGAGAUGGUGGCUAUCCACCAUCAUUUCCCGCGGCACAAUGGAAUAUCCAAGCGGCCUGGGUCAGCAUGAUGCAGCGCCAUCCUACGCUUAAGGUAUCACUAAGUGACCAUUUCGGCAUUGAGACGGUUAUUACACGGAAUCUCGACCAUGCCAUCGCAACUUUGCCAGAGUCGGAAAAGCGUCAACCAGAACCCGAGAAUGCCGAUGAUCACGGCUUUGCCGUUCACCCCUCGUCUCAGCUUCACCCGACAUCCGCGCCCAGUUCCGCACUUACAGUCGAAACAUACGAUGAAAUCCUCGAAAUGGUCGACGCCUACGAGCUCCGCGAACGUUCCCAACGCCGUUGGCGUUUGGCGCAUUUCAUGCUCUCGAUUCUUGUGUCCAUUGGCUGCUUCGUGGGCGUCUGGUGGACAUCAGACGUGAUGUACGUCGCUUUUAUUCUCAUGGUCGUGAGUACCCUGAGCUUUGCAGCUGGGCUCUUAGAUGGGUUGAUUGGUGGAUUGUUCAUGUCGGCUGAGUUACGGGCUUUGAAAGAGUUUAAGUGGGAGGUCAGGACGGCGAGGAGGCUGGCUAGUAUUGCUGCUGGGAAUAGUCCGGAUGCGUUGGGAGAUGAUGAUGAGGAUUUAUAG